CGUCGGGGCUGCUCCCGGGAGGAAGGCGGCGCGGAGGCCGGGGGCGGCCGCUGAGCUUGGCGUCCGCGCGGCUCCGGUGCCGGCUGCGCCUCGUCUUCCCUAGCCAGACAGCCAGCGAGCUAGGGGCCGCCGCGGUGCGCUCCGCCGGGCCGCUCCUGCCUCGGCCGCCGCCGCGGCGACUGCCUCCCCCGAGACUGGCCGAAUCGCAGCGGCUGCAGAGCGCAUUUCGGCUCGGAGGAAGUUGACCGAGGCGGCUGCCGCAGGAUCACCGGGUCCGGAUCGCACGAAGCCCGGCGGAGCCGCCUCCAGCGUGCCCCACUUUCCAUCUCGGCUAUUGUUACGGAUUGUUUUUCUCCUGGCGAUCCUUCCUUUGAAACUUACAAAGAAAGUGUUGGAUUUCCCCUUGUUCGAACUGAGGAAUUGCAGACCGCCUCUGGGGAGCCGGAUCUGACCCACCCCCUGUCCCCUUCUGGUACCAAAGUGCUUACUCCACUCCAAAGUGCCAUGUCAGAACUGCUACCGGGAAGAAGGGGCUCUUGAGACGUGCCCACACCUUUGCACCUGCCUUGCGCUUCCCCUUUCUUGGCCGUCUUCCCCGGCCGAAGCAGCACCGAGGAAGCACCCCGUGGAUGUCCUCCGUGGAAAUUGGUUAUCCGAGGCCGGAUUCGGGGGAGGAAUAUUAGACUUGGAGGAGUCUGCGCGCUUUUCUCCUCUCGCGCCUCUCGGUCGCUGCUAGUUCACUGCUCGGUCCCUGAGCUCGCUCCCUCACCCCACCCACUUCCUGUGCUCGCCCGGGGGGGUGUGUGCCUUGCAGCUGCUGGAGUUCUGGGAAGUUGUGGCUGUCGAGGAUGGGGGUCUGUGGGUACCUGUUCCUGCCCUGGAAGUGCCUCGUGGUCGUGUCUCUCAGGCUGCUGUUCCUUGUACCCACAGGAGUGCCCGUGCGCAGCGGAGAUGCCACCUUCCCCAAAGCUAUGGACAACGUGACGGUCCGGCAGGGGGAGAGCGCCACCCUCAGGUGCACAAUUGACAACCGGGUCACCCGGGUGGCCUGGCUAAACCGCAGCACCAUCCUCUACGCUGGGAAUGACAAGUGGUGCCUGGACCCACGUGUGGUCCUCCUGAGCAACACCCAAACCCAGUACAGCAUUGAGAUCCAGAACGUGGAUGUGUAUGACGAGGGCCCAUACACGUGCUCUGUGCAGACGGACAACCACCCAAAGACCUCAAGGGUCCACCUCAUUGUGCAAGUAUCUCCCAAAAUUGUAGAGAUUUCUUCAGAUAUCUCCAUUAAUGAAGGGAAUAAUAUCAGCCUCACCUGCAUAGCAACGGGUAGACCAGAGCCUACGGUUACCUGGAGACACAUCUCCCCAAAAGCUGUGGGCUUUGUGAGUGAAGACGAAUACCUGGAAAUCCAGGGCAUCACACGGGAGCAGUCGGGGGACUAUGAGUGCAGUGCCUCGAAUGAUGUGGCUGCACCAGUGGUCCGGAGAGUCAAGGUCACCGUGAACUAUCCACCAUACAUUUCAGAAGCUAAGGGGACAGGCGUCCCCGUGGGACAGAAGGGGACUCUGCAGUGUGAGGCCUCAGCAGUUCCCUCAGCAGAAUUCCAGUGGUACAAGGAUGACAAAAGACUGGUUGAAGGAAAGAAGGGAGUCAAAGUGGAAAACAGACCUUUUCUCUCAAAACUCAUCUUCUUCAAUGUGUCUGAACAUGACUAUGGGAACUACACCUGUGUGGCCUCCAAUAAGUUGGGCCAUACCAAUGCCAGCAUCACACUAUUUGAACUAAAUGAGCCUACAAGCUCAACUUUGUUGCAAGGCCCAGGCGCAGUCAGUGAAGUGAACAACGGGACAUCGAGGAGGGCAGGCUGCAUCUGGCUGCUACCUCUUCUGGUCUUGCACCUACUCCUCAAGUUUUGAUGUGAAUGCCACUUCCCCCACUGGGGAGAAGCUGCCGCCGCUACCACCAACCCAACAGCAACUGGCAACUCCGACAGCAGCAAGAGCAUCCCCGUUUCUUAUAAGAUCUAAUCCAACAAAAUUCAGAGAAACAGAGCCUAAUGGGACACAAAUUCGAGGGAGGGGAACAAAGAAUAAUUUUGGCAAAACACAUUUCAAAGGGAAAUUGAAAAUCGCCUUGCAGGUCUUGCAGAUCAGUACGCACAGCUGAGUUUUCUUCCUUUGCCCAAACGGAAAGAAUGCGCACCCUGCUCUGGACCCACCCGCAGCUGCAUCAUGACCUGUUUGUUACCAGGGUGGGCAGGGCUCAGCCACUCCGCCCACUGACGCAUCCCAAGCAAGGAAAAUUCUGGAGUCGGCUAUUCCCAAUUCCAUAGAGACGAACGCAGAAGGAGUCCUGCGGACCCAGAUGUGCCCCUGUGGCCCCGUUCAUAGACUGUGCCACUGUUGUGUGUGUUACAAAAUGCAAAAUUAAAGAAAAAAAAAUAAAAAGGAGACUAAACAAGACAGCCUGACAGCUACAACAAUCCCACAAUCAACAGUCACAAAAAAAAAAAAUUGUUACACUUUUUUUGUUUGUUUGUUUUCAUUUUACUACAUGGACAUCAUGGAUAAUAAGGGAUUCUGGUUCAUUAUUAAUUUUAUUAAUUAUAUUUUCUGAUAUGAGUCUAGAAUUUAGUGCAAAAACAAGACAAGACUAAAAACAUACACAUAUGAAAGGUGAAGAGAAGUAUGUUUGUUAAACAUUAAAAAUAGUGUACUUCUAAACUAGGUUUACAACUGGUGGACCACCAGGCAUUAGCCACCUGGUGAGGAUAUGUCAAAUCCACCAAAAAAAAAAAAAAAACCCACAUACGAUUUAACCAACAUCUCCACCAGCGCUACAGAUUUCUCCUUAUUCUGGCAUUUAAUGCAGAAAAUACUAUGCUUCUACAUGCUGUUUAGAAAUGGAAGGGUGAUCCACACUGUAUCUUGAGUUUGUUGGCUAUGCUUCUUUUGAUGACAUAUAUUAUACAGUAUAUAUAUACAUAUAUUUUUUUUGUUAGAGUUCUAGCCAUUUUAUUUCUCAGCAGGGUCCUUUCUCAGACAUUACUGCAUGCUGUAUAUGGCGUUAGCUGUGUGUUGAUCUUCUAAAAGAUGAUAGAGUUUACUGGUAAUUGUGUAAUCAGCUCCUGCCUUUUUAUUUCCUUGGUUAUUUACACGUCAGAGACAUUUAUAAAAAGUGAAAAGAGAAAAUGAAAACAAAAACAAAACAAAACACUAAUACUAGGCGCAGCAUCUUUUCCAGGUGUGGCUCUUGGAGGCCCGGGCCUUGAUGGGAGGCCUGGCUUCUCUGUCCUGUCUUAGGGCGUAAACAGCAAGCAACUGAACCAACCACACAGUCAGUAACCACUUGCUUUAGCCCAUUGUGGGAAAUCUCUGAUGCCUUUGUUACUACUGGAGAAUUGAAUCCUCCUGGUUCGUUUUAUUUAAUUUCCCACCUUUGUGUGCGUGUGUAUGAAAGAGAAGAAAAUGCAGUUUUUAGAUAACUUUUUUUCCUCCCCUGAAGUCUGGGAACCAGAGAGGCCUCGGGGAGGGGUCCUGGAUGUGAUGAGGGAAAGUGGGAUUGGGGACUAGGGGAGGGGGGGUUGUCUCUGACUUGACAUUAAAAAGUGUUCCAUGUCCCUCUUCACCUGGUGUGGUAACUCAUUCUCAAGCGGGGUAGGGUGGGGGUGAGGGGCCAGAGAGCCCACCUGGCUCGGGAGUGAAGAAGAUGGAGGGAAAUGGAUAUCUGAAUCAGACUAAUGGUCUUUAGCUCCCUCCUUGGGUGGAAUGGGUUCUUUCUGUAGAAGUGCUCUGAUGACAGACACGUUCUGGAAACCACCUUCAUCCUCCUAACAGAAGCGAAGGAGGGCUGGGUCUCAUGACCUCCAAUGCCUUCAAGAAGGUUCUGGCCGAGGUUUGUGGCAUCCUGCUCAUGUCCAAACAACUCAUCUCAUAAGCUGGGCAAAAUGUCAAGCCCAGUUCAGGGAAGGUUAUUAUGUGUGAUUGUUUCUGUGAGACAGCGUAGCACAGCUAUCACAAAAAGAAGAAAGAAAAAACAAAAACAAAAACAAAAACAAAACAAAAAAACAGAAAGCUUAAAACAUUGUGGGUUAGUAAUAUAUAUUUCCAAAUUCUACCAACCAGUGUUUGGUGGAGUCUCUUCUCUUCACAAACCUUGCCUCUGGUCACAAAUUAAGAGAAAAGGUAGAUUUUAAUCCAAAAUAGUAGUCACAUAAUUCUAAUCUGUUUGGAUUGAUUCUGGGAAUUAAGUAAGCAGCUGAAGAUUCACUGAGAGGCAGAAAUAAGGUCAGAGCCAAAACAUUCAGGAAUUACUGUACUUGGGUCCUCAGGGGUCAAUUCUACCUGAGAGGAAUAGGCAAUGUUUAGAAAGGAAUAGUUUCAUUUCUGGCUGUUACUAGCACAAUUGAGAAAAUACUGUUGACUUCAGGUCUGUGUGUCCUUCUGACCUUCCACCCUCAUCACCACGUGCCAGGUAUACCCACUUUCUUCCCAGCAGCAUGAUCUGGAGCAGUCUGGCCAAACCUCACAGAUGUUGGCUGCAUUGCAGCCAUCCCCUCCCAUAUGUCCCAGAACUAGUAAAGGCAUGGGAUUUGGGUCUCCUUAGACUGAAAGUGGAUGGGUGAGAUUUUUUCAGCUCUCCCUUGCCUGACACUACUAUAGACACUGGUGAGAGAAUUUGCAUGCAGAUCAUGGUUCACAGGAUUAAAGUGAACACUGGUAAUUCCCAUAUUGCUAAACUUGAGCCCAGAACACAUCUGAAUAAAAUGUACCAAGGCAUCUGCAAGUAAACACUUCCCAGAAUUUGCUUGGAUGUGAGAGUACUGUGACACAUGAUCUCCAUUUGAAUCAGAUCUUUCUCUUUCAUACUUACCAAGCAUGCUUCAGAUCACUGCUUUGCCACCCUCCCAUGAGGACUGCUCAGUCACGACCAACACUAUAAAGUAAUAUUGAUGAGGAAGACUUAAAUUUACCUAUUUGUGAACUUGUAGCCCUCCUCAUCUUGUGGUUCAUUAGAGCUCUGAUUAUUAAAGAGCACGUGCCUUGUAGAAGCUGCUUUGGCAUGACUGAUAGGUUCAGCAGAUAGGAGAACCACCCCCCCCCCCAUUCUGCUGCAAGGGGGAGUUUCUCUCAUCUUCCCUGAUCUGCUAAAUUUCAGUCUUUAAUAGGAGCAUCUAUUUGCUCACAAGAAAGGGCCUUUAACCAGAUUUAGAGUUCCAAUCCAGGAAGACAUGACUUUGAUUAGGACCUUAUAGGGGCAAUCUCAGGCCUAUCUCUUCUCAGGAAAAGUAGCUUGGCUAGAGAGUUCUUAUUCAUUAGAAUGAAGAAAAGCAUCCUGAAGAGUGUCUGAAGUUAGCUUUCUUGGUACAGGUACUGAUGGAAGACCAUUACUACAGGCUGGCCUAGAUUUCAAGUGUACCAGAAUCCUUGGGACUAAAGUCAAUGUCACACUUUAGGAUUCACCCACCACCCUAACUUUGGGAUGUCUUUUGGGAGAACCAUGCUUUAAGUCUGGCAGGUUUUAUCCCAUAACAAUCUCUCAUGUGUUUAGGGGGCAUGGUGGUGGAGAAUAUUCUAGCCCUACCCACUCCAAGCAAACUCUCGAAGAACUCCAUUCAUCUUCUUUCAACAGAAUGUCUGUACAUUUCUAUCCACACAGAUGUUCAGUGGCUCACGAAUUAUACUUAGGUACAAAAUGUUUCUACACAGUAGGAUCAGAUGUCUAACCUGAAGCAUUCAAUACUUGUCCAAGGACUGCCUUGUGAUUAUUGGAACUUGCAGAUCUGGAGCUAUAAUUACAGUAGAUUAUCCCUAAAUGUUUGCUUUUCUUGCUGUGAAUGGUGAUAAUGAUGGUGAUGAUGAAUGAUAGGUAUUGUUCUUUAAGCUGCAGAUAAGUUAGCAAAUGAAUUAAUACUAAAAUAUGAUUGAAAUUUAACACAGUUCACUAGCCCAACCUAUCUUUAUUGUAUAUUUCUGUUUAGAACGGAGGAUAGUCACACCAAUCAAUCACAGAAAUAUCCCUUUAAUGUGUGCACUUAAUAUAAAACAUGUAAAAUCUGGGAUCAGUAAAACAUCUACAAUUUUUUAAUAUUUCCAAUGGUAAAAUUUUGAGGUACUUCUCAUGAGAGGAGAAAAAUCUAUCCAAAAGAGAUAUGUGACAGAGUAGAUGGUCCCUGCUAAUGAUGAGCCUACACACCCUGGUGCUUCUAUGGCCAAAUGUAUAUGCACAUGCCAGUCAUUUAUUCUUCAUCAGAUAAGCAACUUAAAAGAACUGUGAGUAGUGGUAUCUGAGAGAGGCACUAAAUAAUACCUCUUUCCAGUAUUUUUUUUAAUUUAAACCGAAUCCCAAAACUAAUUUGGUUCACAACCUGUUCACUGGGAUUUGAUUGUAUGGUUAGCGUCUCCUUUGUCACUACAAACUGCUCAGUCAGGUAACUCUAAAGCAUCAGCUCUUACCUCUCUUUGUUUUUAAUUCAGACACUAUCUCCAUGAGUGUCCAACUCUAUCUUUCUCCCAGGCAAUAAAUGCAAAUUAAUAUCCCCAUGAUUUGUGAGUAACUGAGAUCUCUCUGAGUCUUUGCAUCUUCCUUCUAACUGUCCCUUAUAACUUCAUAUUUCUCUCCCAUCUUGUUACUAGAUGGGAUCUCUCUCCACAUUAUGUGACUAGAACAACAUGGCUUUCUGUAGAAAAGACUUUUCAAUUCCUGAGCUCAAGACAUAAUCACUUCUUAUAAUUUAUGUCUAAUGCAUGUUGGUGUAUUAUUUUUUUUAUGAAGGGGGUUUAGUUUGGCUUUCAUUUUCUGAAUGUUGAUCUUACCCCCAUGCAAACUUCCAUAUAACUUAAACAUUGCUUCUGGCAUAUUAAAGUACAUGAAUUUUAUUUCUACACUUCAGGGAUCAUUAUUAGCCUUAUUUGAAAAUGAAUUAUACCUCUGGCAGAAUACAUAUGUGUGAUUAAAACUUCCUAGAAACAUAUGUUGGCAAUGGCCAUAGCAUUUACCUGGUUUCCAGUGACUCUGAUUUUAGAAGUUCUAAAUAUCAGUACAGCACUUUGGAUACAGAACCAAACUGUUGACCAGUAGAAUUAAGAAAUAGUCCAGAUUCUAUUACUAGCAAGUUGGGUUCUUCUUAUGUUUUACAUAAGAUGUUAUUGAUGGAAGAUUAAUAAUCAUUUUCUAUCUUUAAAAUUCAAUCUUGUAAUUUCAGAUUCUAUAAUAUUUCUACAAGAAAAACUUGGGAAAGCUGUGUUUUUGAUAAAUGGCAAUGGAAGAUGUGGAUCAGGGUGAGUUCCAGAGCUGAUGCAUUGUCUUUGUUUCAGAAUGGCUUAUAAGAAGGGGACAUGCAUGAUCAAAACUGCCAUUUCUGCAGAUUUUUGGAAUGACUCCUUAAGGAGAAUUUUAGGGAUGACCACUGCAGCACCUGGAAAGGAGUGUUAUCUACUGAAAGACAAUGGCUUUUUCUGGAACAGAAAAUGAUGUCAUCCCCAAGCUGCUGUUCAAUUUUGCUCUCUAUAUGACACAAAUAAAACAAGAGAAUAAGUUGCCAUACAACUAAAAGUCUAGGGAAGUCAAAGAUAUUGGAGAUACGCAAAAUACUCAGAGUUCUCUCUAGGAAUGUGUGUGUGCAUGCUUGUAUGUGUAUGCACAUGCACAUCCAUGUGGGGAAGUAUUUACUGUAAUUAUUAAAUUACUUAAUCCUUCAAAAUAGAUGGCACCUGUUAUUCCCAAAUUCAUCUUUAAAAUAAUAAGAGAGAGUAAUGAAAAGAGAGGUCUCCAGAUAAGAUUUUUAAUAAUUAUAUCACAUCAUUCUGGUAAGUGCUCUGCUCAAGGGUCCAGAAGUAUUUGUGCGGGUCUCAUAUGACAUAUGUGCAUUGUUGGUCCAAUUCUAAGUUCACUUAAUGCCCCUCACUUUUAAUGAUGCUCCUAGACUCUAUGCUUCAUUUUUACCUCCUCUGGGAAGAGCAUGAGGCUGUAAGAGGCAGUGGGCAAAGACUUGACUGAGCUUGGUGUUCGAAUCUUCAUGGUCCCUGAUCCCUUUUUUCAAAUGUUUGUCCCUGACUACUACUGUCUUAAGCUUUAGUUUCUUCUGAAGUUUCAUUUGCAAAGUUGAUGACAGGUUUAGGUGGAGCCAUCAAGCCAUAUCUCCUGUAUCUAUGAACUGCAAAGGGGAAAAGAGCCCAAAGCAUAGAGGACAUACAUGAGUGAGGACUCCUUGUCUUCUUUUGGAAGGAGGAGGUAGAAAAAGAAGUGAAAUGAAAAUAAAUACCAUGUCACCAGUUUGA